CCAAUUUCAUUCUUGGGAAUUCAAUUUUUUUAAUGCAAAAAAUGUUUUUUGAUCUUGUUUGUCCAUUAAAUUAAAGAAAAUAUUAUUAAAUAAUUUUUAAAAAAUGUCCGAGUUAGCAUAUCCAUCCUGUCCCGAUAAUCCAAUUGUAUAUUUUGAUAUAAAUAUUGGCCAAGAAUUCGCUGGACGCAUGCUAAUUGAACUGCGAAAAGAUGUUGUGCCAAUGACCGCUGAAAACUUCCGAUGCUUAUGCACCGGCGAGCAAGGAAUCGGUAAAAUGGGCAAGCCAUUGCAUUACAAAGGAAUCAAAUUUCACAAAGUCACAAGAGUGUAUGUGGCACAAGGUGGCGAUGUGGUAAAUAACGAUGGGACAAGUGGCGAUAGUAUUUAUGGACCUGUGUUUGAGGAUGAGAACUAUAUUCUUAAGCAUGACGAAGGUGUUGUUAGUAUGGCAAAUUAUGGUCAGCGAAAUUCCAAUAAUUCCCAGUUCAUUAUCACAUCGGUUGUGUGUGAUGUUUUGAAUGGAACAAACGUUGUAGUGGGAAAGGUUUUACGUGGUUUGGGUAUAAUUGGCGAAAUGGAACAAAACACCUCGGAUGAAGGACAACCUGCCGAGGAAAUUUAUAUAGCAGACUGUGGAGAAAUAUCACCCGGUGGUGAUUGGGGAUAUAAGGACAAAGAUGGAGCUGAUAUUUGGCCACCGUUUCCACAAGAUUGGGAAGAAAAGUACAGCAAACAUAAGGCCCAAGAGAUUGUCAGCAUGCUAACAAUAAUCCGAAAUGCCGGUAAUGAGUUUUUUGCUAGCGAGCAAUAUUACGAGGCUCGACGUAAGUAUCGCAAAGCUACCCGCUACUACAAUUUCUUCCGCAAGAAAUUCGAGUGGAAAGAAGAAGGAUAUGAAAACUCGGAGGAUCUCACAUCUUUAGAUCAGUUUAACGUUUUGAACUGUGUCAAUAUGGCUGCAGUUGAAAUGAAAGUUGGCCAGCAUGCAAAUGCCAAGCAUUAUUCCUCGGAGGCCAUUCGAUUUGAUCCAACCAACAGUAAAGCAUUCUUUCGACGUGGUCAGGCAAAUAUUUCUUUGCAAAAUUAUGAGGAGGCAAUUGUUGAUCUAACAAAAGCUAAAUCUCUAGUUCCUGAUAAUAAACGUGUUCUCAACGAAUUGAAUCGUGCCAAAAAGUUACAGGCUGACUUUGAUCAAGCUCAAAAGAAAGCUUUGAGAAAUCUAUUUAAGUGAAUUUUUGUUAACAUUUUUUAAGAUAUUCGAGAGGUUAGCAAAAUUAAAAAAUGUAUACGUAACGAAAGAUGUUGUGUGUGCAUAUUAUGUUGGAAAUUUAUAUUUAGAAAAUGUCAAUAGAUGUAUGUAUGUAUAAAAUUAUAAAAAAUAAAUGAAACUACUUUUUUCAAAUAUCUAA